AAUAAUAGCCAUUAUUUUUCUUUAAGUGGAGACAGUAAUAGCACAGAUUAAGUUGCUGAGUUAUGAAGAUCUGAUUAGAUUAUGCAUGUAAAAGCAAUAGGCUGGGCCUCCUCUGCAUAGUCUUAUUUCUAAUUUUAAGAGCCAGGAACCCACGGUUUUGGAGCCUGAUGUUCUAAUAUUCCUUACGAAAUCCAGGCCAUUGUUUUCUUUAUCUGCCUGGUGCACCUUAAGAGCCUUAUGUAUUCUUUCGAAGGUGAUCUCCCACGUUCCUCGUUUUGAGUAAAUAGGUGUCUUUCCAUUUGGCAAUCUCCAUCCUACAUCAGGCUGGAAAAGCCCUGCGGGAGACGGCAUAUCCACCACCCUCUACUGGUUCGGCCUCGCAGCUGUGCCCACCCGUGAACAGCCAAAGAAGCUGGUCUUGGUGAGGCGGGACGGGCCAAUCAGAAGAAGUUUGGCCCUCUGCAGUUUCCGUCCGCUCACUAGGAGGCGCUGCGGCGGCGGCGGCAGCGGCUGCCGGGGCUGUCGCGGGCUGGGGCGGUUGGGUUGGCAGCCGAGGUUCCUGGCCAUGGAGUGGGGUUAUGAGUCGGCGGCUGUGAGGAGGCACCGCGUCGGAGGAGAGCGUCGGGAGGGAUCGGCGGCUGUGUUACCGCCGGAGAGGGACACCCAAGCGCAGGAGCCCCUGGUGGAUGGGUGCGGCGGCGGCGGGAGGACGCGGAAGAGGAGCCCAGGGGGAAGCGGCAGUGCGAGCCGGAGCGCGGGGACUGGGCUGUCUGAGGCGCGCGCAGCGCUGGGGCUCGCUCUCUACCUGCUCGCGCUGCGGACGCUCGUGCAGCUCUCACUGCAGCAGCUUGUGCUGCGUGGGCCCGCUGGACACCGCGGGGAGUUCGACGCGCUCCAAGCCAGGGAUUAUCUUGAACACAUAACCUCCAUUGGCCCCAGGACUACAGGAAGUCCAGAAAAUGAAAUUCUGACAGUGCACUACCUUUUGGAACAGAUUAAACUGAUUGAAGUGCAAAGCAACAGCCUUCAUAGGAUUUCAGUAGAUGUACAACGGCCCACAGGCUCUUUUAGCAUUGAUUUCUUGGGAGGUUUUACAAGCUAUUAUGACAAUAUCACCAACAUUGUUGUAAAGCUGGAACCCAGAGAUGGAGCCCAGCAUGCUGUCUUGGCUAACUGUCAUUUUGACUCAGUAGCAAACUCACCAGGUGCCAGUGAUGAUGCAGUUAGCUGCUCAGUGAUGCUGGAGGUCCUUCGUGUCUUGUCAACAUCUUCAGAAGCCUUGCAUCAUGCUGUCAUAUUUCUCUUUAAUGGUGCUGAGGAAAAUGUCUUGCAAGCCAGUCAUGGUUUCAUUACUCAGCACCCCUGGGCUAGCUUGAUUCGUGCAUUCAUUAACCUGGAGGCAGCAGGUGUAGGAGGGAAAGAACUUGUAUUCCAAACAGGUCCUGAAAAUCCUUGGUUGGUUCAAGCUUAUGUUUCGGCAGCUAAACACCCUUUUGCUUCUGUGGUGGCUCAGGAGGUUUUUCAGAGUGGAAUCAUUCCUUCAGAUACUGACUUUCGUAUCUACAGGGAUUUUGGGAACAUCCCAGGAAUAGACUUAGCUUUUAUUGAGAACGGAUACAUUUAUCACACCAAGUAUGACACAGCGGACAGAAUUCUUACAGAUUCCAUUCAGAGAGCAGGUGACAACAUUUUAGCAGUUCUUAAGCAUUUAGCUACAUCUGAUAUGCUGGCUGCUGCUUCUAAGUAUCAACAUGGAAACAUGGUCUUCUUUGAUGUGCUGGGCCUAUUUGUCAUUGCCUACCCCUCUCGUAUUGGCUCAAUCAUAAACUACAUGGUAGUAAUGGCUGUUGUUUUAUACCUGGGCAAAAAAUUGUUGCAGCCCAAACAUAAGACUGGUAACUACAAGAAGGACUUCUUGUGUGGACUUGGGAUCACUGCGAUUAGCUGGUUCACUAGCCUUGUUACUGUUCUCAUUAUAGCAGUGUUCAUCUCUCUUAUUGGACAGUCUCUGUCAUGGUAUAACCACUUCUAUGUCUCCGUUUGUCUGUAUGGAACUGCAACUGUAGCCAAAAUAAUAUUUAUACAUACUCUUGCGAAAAGAUUUUAUUACAUGAAUGCCAGUGACCAGUAUCUGGGAGAAGUAUUUUUUGACAUCUCGCUGUUUGUCCAUUGCUGUUUUCUUGUAGCCCUCACUUACCAAGGACUUUGCUCGGCAUUUAUUAGUGCUGUCUGGGUAGCAUUCCCAUUGCUCACAAAGCUCUGUGUGCAUAAGGACUUUAAGCAGCAUGGUGCCCAAGGAAAAUUUUUUGCUUUUUACCUUUUGGGGAUGUUUAUUCCUUAUCUUUAUGCAUUGUACCUCAUCUGGGCGGUAUUUGAGAUGUUUACUCCUAUCCUCGGGAGAAGUGGUUCCGAAAUCCCACCUGAUGUUGUGCUGGCAUCCAUUUUGGCUGGAUGUGCAAUGAUUCUCUCUUCCUACUUUAUUAACUUCAUCUACCUUGCCAAGAGCACAAAAAAAACCUUGCUAACUUUAACUUUGGUAUGUGCAAUUACAUUCCUCCUUGUUUGCAGUGGAACAUUUUUUCCAUAUAGCUCCAAUCCUGCUAAUCCGAAGCCAAAGAGAGUAUUUCUUCAGCAUAUGACUAGAACAUUUCAUGACUUAGAAGGAAAUGCAGUUAAACGGGACUCUGGAGUAUGGAUCAAUGGGUUUGAUUAUACUGGAAUGUCUCACAUAACCCCUCAUAUUCCUGAGAUCAAUGAUAGCAUCCGAGCUCACUGUGAAGAGAAUGCACCUCUCUGUGGUUUUCCUUGGUAUCUUCCAGUGCACUUUCUAAUCAGGAAAAACUGGUAUCUUCCUGCGCCGGAAGUUUCUCCAAGGAAUCCUGCUCAUUUCCGACUCAUAUCCAAAGAACAGACACCUUGGGAUUCUAUAAAAUUGACUUUUGAAGCAACAGGACCAAGCCAUAUGUCCUUCUAUGUUCGAGCCCACAAAGGGUCAACACUUUCUCAGUGGUCUCUUGGCAAUGGCACCCCAGUCACAAGUAAAGGAGGAGACUACUUUGUCUUUUACUCCCAUGGACUCGAGGCCUCUGCAUGGCAGUUCUGGAUAGAAGUGCAGGUCUCAGAAGAACAUCCCGAAGGAAUGGUCACUGUCGCCAUUGCUGCCCACUAUCUAUCUGGGGAAGACAAGAGAUCCCCUCAGCUGGAUGCUCUGAAGGAGAAGUUUCCAGAUUGGACAUUUCCCUCUGCCUGGGUGUGCACCUAUGAUCUCUUUGUGUUUUAAUCUUGUGGAUGAGCUCUUAAGUACAUGCCCAGCGGAUACUCCAUGUGACAUGGUUUCUCCCUAUGUUAUGUGGAUGUUUGUAACGUAAGUCAACGAAUUUUAAUGAGCAUAUGUUCAAAGAGCUUUCUGGGUUAACACUUUUCAAGGCCAAGCACUAUAAGGGUUAAGCUGUGGCACAAUGAUGCAUGGCCUGUUGACACUCGAAAAUGCCAGUUUUCCAGCUCAUAAGUACAUGUGGGUACUGCCACUACACACACGUCAUUUUAUGUGAUCUUAAGGACAAAAGCCAACAAACCACUCCAAUAGCUGCCCCUUUAGGAUCAAGAAAGAAGUACACUGUCACACUGUCAGACCAUCGUUAAUGAGAUAAAAGUGGUUUCCAAUUUAAGCCCCAAGACCAUUUGUCGUAUUAGUGGAUGGUGGGUGAAAUAUCACUCACUGGGGUAAUGAUUCCCCUUGAGACUAUAACUCUGUGUGGGUCACUGAAGUGAUUGCCAUAGGGCUGGGGGAGAAGCCUUGCACUUUUGAGGCUGUAGCCUGUGCUUAGCUGUUUCUUCAGGCAGCCUCUCGAGUGUGCUUUGUCUCUGUACUGAGGCCUGGACCCCAUGCUGAGCUGGUGACUCACUGUCCUGACAAGUGGACACUCAGAUCCAUUGCUGUGCUGUUUUCCUGAGGUGGUUUUCUAUGCCUGUUUUCCUCUGAAACAUGUCUGUUACCUCUCUCCAUCUUACCAAUUUGAAAAUGAGAAUAUUUGGCCAUAGAGCCCUCUUGUUUUCAUAGGUUCUUUUGGUUCAGAAUAUUGUUUGUGCCAGUAUGUGACCUUAACUUCCUUCCUCAGAGCACUGAACUGACACCUGGGCUAUUCUGGGGUAGAAGGCAGGCUGGGAGUAGUGGGCAUUUUAUAAAUAUUUAUUCUUUUGUUUCAUACAAGUCUUGUGUUAUACAAGCUUAAUCCUUUAUGGCAUAAUCUUGUUAUGUCGUCUUGUCUUCCAGCCAGUUGAACAGAUUUUCUCAGUAACUUUUACUAUACAGCAGGCUGGCUUUCCUGAGACUUGAGGUUGUGGUUUAUACUGGAAUAAGACCGCUGUACCUGUAGGUGGUUCAGAUCCUGCAUAAUGGCAGCAUGAGGACUUAAAGGUAGUUUUCAUUUUGAAGAUGGCGAUGUAGCUUUUAAGAUGUAUCAUAGCAGUACUUCUCAUGGCUUUUUGGUCCAGCAGUGAGGGGGUUGUUGAGAUCAGUGGUAAACUGCAAGCUUUCUUUUUACCGUCAGGAAGUGUAAAAUGUUAGAAGGCACAGUUAAAAAGGGGUAGCUAGAUUUAUCUUAGAUGAUGGAGGAAAUGAGAUAAAUGCUCUUGAAAGGUGGCCUGUGGAUCUAUUUGAAGAGAAAGAGCACAGUAAGGGCCGGGCGCAGUGGCUCAAGCCUGUAAUCCCAGCACUUUGGGAGUGGGUGGCGAGGCGGGGGGAUCAUGAGGUCAAGAGAUCGAGACCAUCCUGGUCAACAAGGUGAAACCCCUUCUCUACUAAAAAUAUAAAAAAUUAGCUGGGCAUUGUGGCGCGUGCCUAUAAUCCCAGCUGCUCAGGAGGCUGAGGCAGGAGAAUUGCCUGAACCCAGGAGGUGGAGGUUGCGGUGAGCCGAGAUCGCGCCAUUGCACUCCAGUCUGGGUAACAAGAGCGAGACUCCGUCUCAAAAAAAAGCACAGUAAGUGUGCAAUGCAGGAGGAAAACGUCCUUAGGCUGCUUGUCUAAUGUGUAUGAUGUGCUUUGAAAAUUCUGCUCCUCAUUGCCUGCCCAAUCUGUGAUUCCUUAAAAACUAACUGGGGCCAUGUAGAUAGCAGGGCUGCAACCAGAGAUGAAUGACAACAUGUUGGGCUGUCACAUGCAUCAGCACUGCACACUGGAGUCAUUGCUUUUUCUGGACUUUGUAUAAAUUUGUCUCAAGUGCUUCAAGAAUAUGGCUCCUACUACGUUUAUCUGUCAGGUAGCACAUAAGGUUUGUAGGGUUUAUAUCUUGUACAGAAUCACAAUAAUGGAGAAAAAGUAAUGAUUAAUGAAUUUUAAAAUAUGGGCCUAUUUUGCGUCCCAGUGCUUAAUCUGAUACAAUCAGUGUUCCCUGUAAUUUCCACCUACCUACUUUAGAAAGGAUGCCUUUACUGUUUUUCAGUAAUAAAUUAUCUGUUUUCCUUUUGCCUUUGGGUUAUUUCCCUGUGUAAACCAUUGUCUUUUGUUUUGGUUUUCUUUAGCAUUAUGAAGCUUUGCUAUUGUACAAGGUCAAUAAGAUGCUCACUAGUCUCAGGGCUUGUGUAACAUUCUGGGAGGUUGUUUUAAUGCCAGAAAUGGUCAAGUAAUUAUCGAAAGUAUUUAUGGCUCUGUUAAGCACACAGUUUGUCACAUUGGAAGAUGCUGAGAUUAAAUUUUUUCUUAAAGAAUAUCUGAUCAUUUAAUUUCUAAGUCUUUUCAAGCUCUAACACAGUCACUAACAAAUGCAUUAUUUUCUGCAGAAUUUAAAUGUUAGUAGUACAGUACUGCAUAUUCAGGGCAAAUGUGUGAAGAAUUAUGAUUUCACAGUAGUUCGUUCUUGUGUUUGACCUAAGAAUGAUUGUCACAUGAAGUGUUUGUUUCUACAGUUUACUAUAUAUAUAAACAAGCAUGAUAGGAUUCCUAACGAUAUUACUACCGAGGGAGCCACAAGCCAGCCUGCUGAUUCAGGAAGCUGUAGGAGUGUUUGUCUGUCAAUUUCUUAUCACUGGUUUGCUGACUUACUGAGGAUUAAUUGUUGCCUUACAAUGUUACUGAAAUAAACUUUUUAAUAUA